GUAACAUUGAUUUCCAGUGGCAUUUGACAGACGCACUGUUAUUGAAAAGGGGUCAACGUUGAAGAAAUAUUAUUUGUUAUCGAAAAUAAACGAAGGCCCCUAGUAAUGUGAAAGAAAUGAGAACUGAAGCGUUUCUCAUAUUGAUGUUAAAUGGGCUAGCAUCUUCCAUGCGUCGGGGACCGCAUCACCCGCACGGCCAACUACCAGUGGAACAGAAGCACCACCACUACAAGCCGAAAUCUUCGGAGUCACUCACUAGGGACUCGCAACUGUUACACGAUACUAAACAUCUAGAGGAAGAUAAUAUGGUGUUAACUCCAGAAGCCUUAGCCAAGAUGUCACCGGAAGAAUUAGAAUUUCAUUAUUUUUCAGCUCACGAUUAUGAUCGAAAUUCUAAGCUGGAUGGAUUGGAAAUGUUAAAGGCAGUAUAUCAUACAUUAGAACAUGAAGCUCCCGAUACUGACAAUGAUGACUCUAUAGAACCGGAAUCGAAUAAGAUUAAUAUCUACAUUGCUCUUGUAGAUAAGACGUUGGAAUCAGAUGACGGCGACAGGGAUGGAUAUAUUUCAUACUUAGAGUAUCGUGCGGCUCGUCAAAACAGUUCAGCUGACAGAACUCCAAGAGUUAUAGUAUCUGGGAACUCGCAGUCUUAACUUUGU